AUGCAACAUUUAGUUGUCAUAGCAUCUGAAUCUUUCAAAUUUAACAAAACAUUGAGAUGUUAUAAGGCAUUAUUAUUUAGCUUACUUGAUUUAAAGAAACAAAUAAAAGACCAUAUACAAACAAAUGAAAAAUAUGUGGCCUAUUUUAUAAACAUUUCUAUUUUGAAUAUCUCUAUAAAAAUGAAGAAUAUGGACUUAAAACAAAUACGUUACUUGAACAUAACCAAGGAAGAAGGGAAACUUUCUAUUAAAUUACAAUAA